AUGAAGAAGCGGAUUAGCUCCAUCAUGCUGUCUCAGUUUCCAGACACCAGGCUGGGACGACUGCUCUUCUGCGAUUCUGAAGAAUCCAUCCUACAGAUCUGUGAUGACUACGACUUGGUGUCUAAGGAGUUCUACUUUGACCGAAACCCUGGCUUGUUCCCAUACGUUCUUUAUUUCUAUGAGACAGGAAAGCUGCACAUGAUGGAUGACUUAUGCGCAUUUUCAUUCUCACAAGAAAUUGAAUACUGGGGAAUAAGUGAAUUUUUUCUAGACUCUUGCUGUAGCUAUCGAUACCACGAGCGGAAGUUAGAGAGUAGAAGACGGAACUGGGAUGAAGAGAGUGAAGUGAGCAGUCAUGACCUCAUGCACUUCAACACAUUGCAGUGUGGCAAUUUGCGGAAAAGGCUAUGGCUGACUAUGGAGAAUCCCGGCUAUUCGAUACCGAGCAAAAUUUUCAGCUUUAUUUCCAUCUGUGUAGUUAUUCUAUCUAUAUCAACAAUGUGUAUUAACAGCAUGCCAGAAUAUCAACAAUUUGACAAGGAUGAUGUUCCCAUUGAUGACCCUGUCCUCCACAAUCUAGAGUAUUUCUGUAUCUCCUGGUUCACAUUUGAAGUGUCUUCUAGGCUACUACUUGCUCCCAACCUGAAGAAGUUCUUUAAGCAUCCAUUAAACCUGAUUGAUAUUGUGUCUGUUCUACCCUUCUACUUCACUCUUUUGGUAGACUUGACCAUUGGCAGUGAUCAUGAGUUAGGAAAUUUGGGUAAGGUUGUACAAGUGUUUCGACUUAUGAGGAUUUUUCGAGUCCUCAAACUGGCACGACAUUCAACUGGCCUUCGGUCACUUGGAGCAACGCUUAAGCACAGCUAUAGAGAAGUUGGCAUCUUACUACUGUACUUGGCUGUUGGAGUCUCCGUCUUUUCUGGAAUGGCAUACACAGCAGAGAAGGAUGAAGACACAGGGUUUGACACCAUCCCAUCUUGUUGGUGGUGGGGAACAGUAAGCAUGACAACCGUAGGCUAUGGAGAUGUUGUCCCAGCCACCGUAGCUGGAAAACUAGCCGCUUCAGGCUGUAUCCUGGGUGGGAUAUUAGUGGUGGCACUGCCGAUAACUAUAAUAUUCAACAAGUUCUCGCAUUUCUACCGGAGACAGAAAGCCCUGGAGAAUGCAGUGAGGAACAGCGACAGAAAACCAAGCAACGAACCCAAUACCGACAGAAUAUCAGAAAGCCUUACAGAACUAUAA